AGACAAAUUAAGUCUUUAAAAUCCUAUAUGUAAAUCCUCAGUAUCUCAUCUGUUUCAUUUGAUGUUUUGGGGCCCCUGUUGCCUGCUAAAAUUGUGAACAUAACCUGCUUCAUUAAUGGACUAAAUCCCUCUUCCUCUGUCAAACUGCCAGAUCAUCAACAUGUGCUUCAUCCUGUAUUACCUGUUUGAAAUGUGCGUGAAAAUCUUUGCCUUCGGAUGGAAAGGGUACCUCUCCUACAGGAACAAUAUCUUUGAUGGCUUCCUCACCAUCCUGCUCCUGCUCCUACAAAUCACUAUAUAUAUCACCUACAGGCUUCCUUAUUCUCAAUGGGAUCCAUCCUCUCAUGGUUUGAUGUCUCUGUGGGAGAUGGUGCGUCUGAUCAACAUGCUGAUUGUGUUCCGCUUCCUGCGCAUCAUCCCAGAUAUCAAGCUCAUGGCUUUGGUUGCGAGUACACUGUUGGACCUGCUGAAGAACCUCAGAGCCUUUGCAGGGAUACUAAUGGUGGUGUUCUAUGUGUUUGCUGUGAUUGGGAUCUGGCUAUUUGAAGGAGCCAUCAAACCUCCUCCAAAUAUGAGGUAUGUAGCCAUGGCAUGAAGCUCUUUCUACAUC